AUGAUGUCGAUGAUAUUUACAAAUAAUUAUUUGAAAUUUUUAAUACCUGCUGCACGACAUUUAACAAGUACUCGCUCUAAUCUUAACUUGGGUGAUGAAAUGAAAACGUUAAAUGAUAACAAACAAUACAGAAAAACUCUUGAGUUAUUUGAUAUAUUCAACGAAAACAAUAUUAAUAAAUGUUCCAAUUGGGCUAUUAUUCAAGCUUUAAAGGCAUGCACUGAAACAAAUAAUGCUCAACGUGGUGUGAAAAUUCAUCAUCUUAUUUCAUCUCGUUUAAAACAUGAUUUUUAUGUGUUACCAUCAUUAAUCCAAUUCUAUAUGCAAUGUGGUGACGUUAAUCGGGCUCAAUUAUUAUUUGAUACAUCAACAACAAAAACAUUAAUCAUGUACGGAACCAUGAUGAAAGGUUAUAUAAAGAAUAAUUUGCCGAAUAAAGCCAUUCAUCUUUUCAAGGAAAUUAAGGAUCUUGAUGAAGUGAUAGUUACUCUAUUAUUUAAUGCCUGUGCUCAAUUAGCAACUAACGAAGAGUUAGAUUUAUUAAAAACAGUUUCAUCAAAAAUCCCCAAUUCUUUCUACAUGGAUUCUUAUCUUUUAUGUUCUCUUAUUGAUGCAUUUAUGAAGUGCGGUGACGUAACAAGUGCGAAAUUAUCAUUUGAUCGAUCAACAAAGAAAACAUUACCAAUGUAUCGAGCGAUGAUAACAGGCUUUUGUGUAAAUGAUCAGGAGGAAGAAGCAAUUGUCAUGUUUAAUGAAAUGCAUCUUCAUGAAUUCCAUCGAGAAAGGCGUAGUAAAAAAAAAUUGAAGUUAUUAUCUGAAACGAAAAGUGAUAGUUCUGAAACAAAUAUUCCUAUUUAUUUAUGCCUUUUAAAAGCGUUGGCUAAGCUUGGUAUAUCAAAAAAAGCUGAAUCAUUCGUUCAACAAAUUCCAAGUUCUAUUCUUACUGAUCAUCGAAUUCAAACUGCAUUGAUGCAUAUGUGGGGCAAAGUUGCUUCUGUCAAUGAAGCAAAGCGAAUAUUUGAAAAAAUAUCUCAACCGGAUCACAUUGCAUGGACAGUGAUGAUUAAUUCUUACGGUUUAAAUGGAAUGGGUAUUGAAGCUGUGAAACUUUUUCAUCAGAUGCCGAUAGAAUUUAUCCACGAUGUUACUUAUAUUUGUGUGUUAAAUGCAUGUUCACAUUCAGGACUUGUUGAUGUAGCUCGCACAAUCUUCAAUAACAUUCAAACGAAAACAGAAAUAAUAUAUACGACAAUGAUCGAUUGCCUCAGUCGUGCAGCUUUGUUUGAACAAGCACAGCAAUUAAUCGAGCAAUUUGAACGUGAUCAUGCGCCUGCACUACCCACCUAUAUGGCAUUAUUGUCAGGUGCUCGAAAUGAAAAAAAUACUAAAUUAUCACAAGAAGUUGUUGAUCGUAUUCAGAAGCUGUUCCCUGACGUGAAAGGUUCAUUGUUGCCAGCGUGGAUUCUAUUAGCUAAUACUUAUGCUUCAUCGGGCGACAUUGAAAAAGCAGCAGAUAUUAAAAUUGAAUUGCAUAGAUCGGGUGCUAAGAAAAAAGCUGGUGUAACAUUGACAGAAUUCGAUGGAAAAAUCUGGAGAUUUCGAGCUCAUGAUCAAUCACAUCCUGAUUCUGCUGAAAUUCAUGCACAAGUUGAUAGAAUGUCAAAAAAGCUCAUUGAAUAUGGGUAUAAGUACGAUGCAAGUUGGAUUGUAAGGCCGAUAGAAGCUGAUGAAACAGUUGAAUCACUUCUUUGUGGACACAGUGAACGACUUGCUAUGGCUCUUCAUUUUAUUCGCAAUCGAAAACCCAAACGCAUUCAAUUGACGAAAAAUCUUCGCAUUUGUGGUGAUUGUCAUCAAUUCACGAAAUUAAUUGCUUUGGUCUAUCAGUGUGAAAUAAUUGUUCGCGACGCAAAUCGUAUACAUCACUUUCAUAUAAAUGGACAGUGUUUAUGCCAAGAUUAUUUCUAA